GCCGAGCAGGAUUUGGGGCGCGGCCCGGCCGGGCCUGGAGGAAGCGCGGGGCCGUGAAGGCCGAGGCGUCCGCCCUCCCCGCGGGGCAUCACCUGGGCUUGCCGGGGACCACGGGCAUGACGGCGCCUCCUCAACGCUGAGUGGCCCCGAUGGCAAGCGCCCCGCGCGCUCCUGCAGCUCGGCUUCAGGGACGGCACCCGCCUUUGACCCCGGGCCCUGCCGACCGCAGGGAAUAAAGGCUCGGUGACUGGCCAGUUCUGCCCCGGGAGCUCACCUGCCUCUCUGAGCCCCCUGCUAACCGGCCUGUGCCUCUCCCAGGAUGGACACAUGGAUGGUGCUGCUCUUCCUACAAGCCUCGCUGGUGCUCUCCCUGGCCAACAGGGCCACCCCCGUCCUGCGCUUUGUGGCCGUGGGUGACUGGGGCGGAGUCCCCAAUGCCCCGUUCUACACAGCCCGGGAAACGGCCACCGCCAAGGAGAUUGCCAAGACCGUGCAGAUCCUGGGCACAGACUUUAUCCUCUCUCUGGGGGACAAUUUCUACUUCAAUGGCGUGCAGAAUGCCAAUGACAAGCGGUUCCAGGAGACAUUCGAGGAUGUGUUCUCUGCCUCGUCCCUCCGCAACGUGCCCUGGUACGUGCUGGCUGGCAACCACGACCACCUGGGAAACGUCUCAGCCCAGAUCGCCUACUCCAGCAUCUCAAAACGCUGGAACUUCCCCAGCCCUUUCUACCGCCUGCGCUUCAAGGUCCCACGGUCCAACGUGUCCGUGGCCAUCUUCAUGCUGGACACAGUGACGCUGUGCGGCAACUCGAACGACUUCACCAGCCAGCAGCCCGAGAGGCCCCGAGACCUGGCACUGGCCCGCACGCAGCUGUCCUGGCUCAAGAAGCAGCUGGCCGCGGCCAAGGAGGACUACGUGCUGGUGGCUGGCCACUACCCAAUAUGGUCCAUCGCGGAGCACGGGCCCACCCACUGCCUCGUCAAGCAGCUGCUGCCACUGCUGGCCAUGCACAAGGUCACCGCCUACCUGUGUGGCCACGACCACAACCUGCAGUACCUUCAAGACGAGAACGGCAUAGGCUUUGUGCUAAGCGGCGCUGGGAACUUCAUGGACCCCUCGACGAAGCACGCACGCAAGGUCCCCAAUGGCUACCUGCGCUUCCACCACGGGACCAACACCUCCAUGGGUGGCUUUGCCUACGUGGAGAUCAGCCCCAAAGAGAUGACCGUCACUUACAUCGAAGCUUCGGGCAAGUCCCUGUUCAAGACCAGGCUGCCCAGGAGAGCAAGGCAUGCACACCCACGAAGGCUCCAUCCUGCAGCCUGAGCCGGAGGGGCCUCCCUGCCAGCGGGUGGGCAGGCUUUCUCAGGGGCCACGUGGCCCUUGUGGCGAGGAUGCCCACGGAUGUGAAAGCAGCAUGGACACCGGCCAGAGUGCCAUGCCCUGUGGCCCAGCUCGCCCAGGCUGACAUCUGGGCAAUGGGGGGCAGGGAGGGAAAUUUUCUCCUGGAUUCAGCAUCCUUCUGUCACUGCCGAAUGUUCAAUAAAAGAAUAGUUGCAAAGGC